AUGCAAAAAGCUCGAAGCAACUCCAAUCCGUCGGGAUUCCAGAACCUGCGCGGGAUUUCCGUGCUUUGGCACGGCUGGCUAAAGAAACUCGGGCGCUUCAGUCGACGAUGGCGCAAGCGUUACUUUGUGUUCCUGUCGACGCCCAACGGGAUGAAAGAGCUGCGGCAUUACGACACGUUCAAGGACGUCCACACGCUGCUGUUGUCUACGCCCCAAGGCGUCAUCUCCCUUACAGAUGCCACUGGCAUCUGCUGCUUCACAGCCGUGGCCAACGUAGCAAAGAAGCCUAUGAAAUUUAAUCGCUCUGACACAAAUGACUCGAGACCUAGCGCAUACGACCAGAAGUUUGCCGUUUUGACGCCCCUUCAUGUGAAUCUGCUGGCUUUCCACAACGGCAGGGAAUGGAGCGGUACUAGUGAAUCACAGCAGGGACUGUCGUUGCUGGCAUCACUGUCGGCAUUUUAUCCGACUGUCGACGUUCUUCACUCAGGGUGGAUGACAAAGCGAAGGGAGCGCAACGUACACAGCCCGAAGAGUAUCAUGACGUACUGGAAGCGACAUUUCUUUGUGUUCUUGACGUCAGGCGACUUACUCUACUUCCGAGAUGAUACACUGGGUGAACUACAGGGCCGUGUGGACGUCCGACACGCUCCCACUGUUCGAGUUACAGGGGAGCAGCUGAUAGAUGGACGAAAAAAAGAUGGAGGUAUGUUCAAGUUCGGCAAGUUACCAGCGUUCGAGCGGGAAACGCGCUUGAUUUGGAUCGCUACUCCUCCAUCGAAAAUGUUCGUUCUGAGGCUCGAGGACGAUCAUGACGAGUCAGGCGGCGGUGGAGGAAAAGCCGGGCUUGGAUCUUCAGGUAUCGGGGUUACCACCAGAAAAGCAGAGCUUACAGCGAGCUCGAAGAAGUGGCUACAGUUGCUACUACAGGGACAUGCUGAAACAAAGUACACGCAGCUUGAGAAAUGCAUAGCAACUGGCAAAUUCGAGCUGACUACCGAGGUUAUUUCAGCAGUUCGAGCUGGCAUUCCGGAUGAACUGCGUGGUCAACUGUGGACAGGCUUCUCUGGCGCCAGCGAUCUGAAACGACGCGUUGAGCUUCAGCACGCCAUGCAUGGGGCAUCCAAGAAGUCAUCCAGCACUUCCCGCAUGUCCUCCCGGGAAGUUUCUGACGGAGAUAGGCAGAAUCCCGUGGCAUCGAAGAAGCAGGCGAUUUAUGAAACGUACUCCUUGGCAAUGGACGCAACUAAGAUGCAUACGCCGGAAAACGAAAUGGUUUUCUCCCGAUUGUGUGCGUUAGCAUUACAAGAAAUGGAGCACGCUACGGUCAGCGCGCACCCGAAAGAGCUACGCGAUCUGAUGUGCCAAUUUGGUGGUCGGGCUGUUUCCGACGCGUCGGACCCGUCAGAUGAAUGCAGCGAAUACCGGGGGUCUUUUCUAGAUGACGAGCAGUGCUCUAUCGAUGAAUAUGAUGGUAGGCCGAUGGAGAUGGAAGAAGAUGAGACGAAGGAUGCCCCCUUUGUUAAGCGUGCCUCAGUACGAAAUUCGCUCAAACAUUUCGAAAAAGGCAAGAUGGGCAACUACGUGUACCCGAGCGACUACCCGGCAGCCGAGUGGGAAUUGGUGUCACGGCGGCGCCUGCUCAUUGCAAGCUCGCGCUACAAUCCGCAUUCGCAUCCACUGUCGUGGCGAUUGUUGUGUCUACUACUGGCUUAUGUUGAAGAAGAGGGCGCCUUUUGGAUCAUCAACAGCAUAACCGACUCACUCCUGCCAGGUUACUUUCACGGUCAUCGGCCAGCGCUGCAGAUUGACGUGGCAGCUUUCACGGCACUUCUGCGCGAUCGCUUGCCAGCCCUUGCUUCUCACUUGACAACUCUAGGGUUUUCUCUCGACCAACUAGUAGAACGCUGGUUUUUGAGCUUGUUUACCGCCUCGCUCAUUCCUCUUCCGACGGUACUCCGAAUAUGGGACGCGUUUUUUAUUCGUGGUGUGCUGAUGUUUUACGGAGUUGGCCUUGCGCUGUUGUUUCGCGCGGAGGAGACCCUCUUUCACGCCAAAACUGCGUCAGAAGCCGAGGAGUAUCUGCGAGCUAGUGAGCGCAGCUGCAUUGAUGCCGACGCAGUUUUCUCGCUUGUUUUCAAGGACGACCUUACCAUACCGUGGUUAACGGAUGAGCAGCUCGACAGGCUGAGGUCGACGCACCGCCAUCGGGUCAUGGAGUGGGUGUCGCAAAAGUCGGAAUGCUUCAAAGAGAAACUGAGCAUUCUCAAGCUUACACAAGAUCUCGGCUCGAGCUGUCAGGUUGUUGCCAAUCAAUUCCUGAGUGACCAAAAAGGUCAUUCCAUUGCUUCGCAGCUAGGUGAGACAGUCUACGCCAACGAUGAGGAAGACCUGUACGAUUUGCACGGGCUCGUCGAUGAAGUUGACGGCCCAACUAUCUGCGGAGAUGGCGACGGGCUUGAAGAUUCGUUUCAGAUGGCUCUGCGCCAGCUCCUCGAGCAAGUUGGGGAAUUUUCUGCGGCAGCAGACGCCCUUGCUGGAGCGCUAGGCCAGCGGCAAGCAAAAUGGCUAGCCGCAUCAAGCCAGCUCGCCGCAUGCCCACUUGCUCGUUCACCUUCACCAGAUUUGCAUAGUUGGCUUUCUCAAAUCAAGAAAGGUGGAAUAUCGGGUACAGGACACGGCGUAUCUUCGCUCUUCAGCGACGGAUUCGCUUCGGUUUCGAAUAUUGUUGAAGCUUCUGGCAUGGUAUUUGACACUGGUGACGCUCGGCUUUCCAGCAAUGAUGCUUCAGCAAAUGAAUGCGAUAGCCCAAGCGCUACCCGGCGAAGCUACCUGCUAGCGGAAAGAAAGGACUUAGGACUAUCAGACCAUCAUCGGGCUGAUAUGUUUUUGUACGCACUGGUGUCGGCGCUUAAAUCGUUGUGCGUCGUUCGCCUGGAAUGCCGAAGUGUGACGUAUCGAUUUAUGUGGCACGGAGGCUCGUGGCUGGAUUCUGCUGCCGAGUAUCCAUCAUUUUCGACAAUCUCAGGCGUCGACGCAACUUUACCAAGCAUAACAAACUCGCGACAACCUGUCCGGAAAAAAAGCUCAGCGUCGUCCCAGCCUUCAGCUCCGUCCAGUUUGUCAAAACGGCGUCCGCGAGCGAAGGACGACGUGACCUCGUCUAGCAAUCAACGCGGGGACGCAGCUGCUAUUACGCCAAGACGAGGUGGACGCCCAACAACCCGCAGUUUUUACAGUUCAGGCAGAUCGCCGACACGACCACGCACUAGCUUGUCGUCUAGUGACUUCUCAGCACUGGAAUUUGCCGUCGGUGGUGCAGGCACCAAUUUGUACGAUGACCCGAUCAUUGAAGGCCAGCCUGCCCCGUCGUCCCCCAUGUACGCCGAGCAGCUUGUCGAUGCAAGUGACUCGUACCCCAUGACUCCAAUAUCGCCACCUUCCGAAGGCGCCACCGCUGUGGGGUUCAGCGCGUCAGUCGGCCGUGGCUUGGACCGGUGUUACUCCUCGACACUUGACACAUCUACCGAACCAUUACUAAAAACACUCACAGUUCAACACCAAGAAGGAGAACGUGCUUUCCGCGCGCUACACAAACGAAUGCUCAGUGAACUUGGAAACUUUCUGCGCCUCGAAUACCGUGAUAAGGACUGGGCUCUGCGCGAAAGAGCUCUAAGUAUCGAGCGUGAACUGCAACAAGAACUACAAGAGAUUGAAGCCGACCUCCACAGCGCUCAAUGGCUGCAGCACUAA